AUGAAAAACCUGAGUGAGAAUCGUGGAAAAUGGGUGGGCAAGGCAAGGCGGUACAAGACAAGGCUCCGUUCGAAGUACACAGGAGACAGCAACAGAAUACCAGUGACCAGUGUGACCACCCCUAAAGUUGUACCGUUGGAGGUGAAAUCUCGAGCCGUAAAAUUUGCAAAGUUGAUAGAGAAUGAAGACGGUGUUGGAAAUGCGGUUGAUACAUUUCACCGGCAUUUGCCUCCAGAGCUACCAUUGCCAGCCCCAUCUUCAGUGGCCGAUGAUUAUCCAAACCCCAUGCAAUGGCUUUUUAUCCAAAUUGGAAAAUUGUGUUGUCUUCCUUGCGGUUCGAUGGUAGGCUUCUUGCAGUAA